AUGUAUGAUAAAAACGGUAGUCCAGGCCGUAAAAAUGAUAGAUUAGACCUGAAACGGCAGAGGCCUUAUGGGCCUGAGAAAACAACAGAUCAGGCAUUACAUAUAGUAAAAAAUAUUAACGGCGAUGAUGAAAAUCCUAUAAAAGAGCGAUUUAAAUGCCGUCGUAAUGGAUGCUGUGACCAACAUGAAUGGUGUCGAUUCUGGGCAUCGGUAGGUGAAUGCAUUGCUAAUAAAGACUGGAUGGAGAAGAACUGCCAAUUAGCCUGCGCGAGUUGUAGCCAUUCAGGUAAAUCGUUCCAAGUAUGGUUCUAG